AUGGCGGCUGCAGCAGCGCCAGCAGAAUCGCCCGCCGGCGACUCUUCCUCGCCGGUAGCAAUCGUAUGCGUUGGCAUGGCAGGUUCAGGAAAGACGACUUUUAUGCAACGAAUCAAUUCGUAUCUCCAUUCCCAACGAAAAACCCCUUACGUCCUAAAUCUAGACCCGGCAGUGCAUUCGGUCCCAUUCGAGAGCAACAUAGACAUCCGCGAUUCAAUCAACUACAAGGAAGUGAUGAAACAAUAUAAUUUGGGGCCGAACGGAGGCAUUUUAACCUCGCUUAACCUGUUUGCGACAAAAGUCGACCAAAUCAUUGGCCUCCUAGAGAAACGCACGGCGCCGGCCGAUGCUGCCAAUUCUAGCGGACAAUCUAUUAAGCACAUCCUGGUUGACACCCCGGGUCAGAUCGAGGUGUUUGUGUGGAGCGCAUCCGGGAGUAUACUCUUAGAGACACUCGCGUCCUCGUUUCCAACCGUCAUUGCAUACGUGAUCGACACGCCUAGGACGAGUUCCACAAGUACCUUUAUGAGUAACAUGCUCUAUGCUUGCAGUAUUCUUUAUAAGACCAAAUUGCCAAUGAUACUAGUCUUUAACAAGACGGAUGUGCAAGACGCGGAAUUCGCCAAGGAAUGGAUGACUGACUUUGACGCUUUUCAGAGCGCUCUACGCCAGGAGGAGGAAGCCGGGGCUUUUGGCGCGGAAGGUGGUAGCGGUGGCUUCGGCGCAGGCAGCGGCUACAUGGGAUCCUUACUCAAUAGUAUGAGCUUAAUGCUUGAGGAGUUCUACCGCCAUCUGAGCGUCGUUGCGGUGAGUUCGAUGACUGGAGACGGUGUCGACCAGUUUUUUGGCGCGGUCGAGGAAAAGCGCCAGGAGUUCCUGCGGGACUACCAACCGGAGCUCGAGCGCAAGAAAAAGGAACGCGUGGAGCAGGCUGCACAGCGGCGUGACGUUGAGCUCGGGAAGCUUAUGAAGGACAUGGCUGUCUCGAGCAGGGAUAAGAAAAAUAAAAUGGAUGCCCCGGAGACUGUGAGCGAGGCAGAGGAGUCGGACCCACCGGCAGACGACGACUCUAUUGGCGGCGACGAAAGCGACGGCUUCUCAGGGGAAGAGGACUCUGCAUCCGCGGAUGUUGGUCUCGCCUCACGCUAUAAGCAAGCACUUGCCGAUGGGCCUCAGCCUUCUCACGAGGACCUAAGCUUUAUGAGAUAUCUCCGCGCCAGCCAACCUCAAUAA